UCUCACAUCUCACCAUCCAGCGUGCAGGAAGAAGGUGUCUCACAUCUCACCAUCCGGCGUGCAGGAAGAAGGUGUCUCACAUCUCACCAUCCGGCGUGCAGGAAGAAGGUGUCUCACAUCUCACCAUCCGGCGUGCAGGAAGAAGGUGUCUCACAUCUCACCAUCCAGCGUGCAGGAAGAAGGUGUCUCACAUCUCACCAUCCGGCGUGCAGGAAGAAGGUGUCUCACAUCUCACCAUCCGGCGUGCAGGAAGAAGGUGUCUCACAUCUCACCAUCCAGCGUGCAGGAAGAAGGUGUCUCACAUCUCACCAUCCGGCGUGCAGGAAGAAGGUGUCUCACAUCUCACCAUCCAGCGUGCAGGAAGAAGGUGUCUCACAUCUCACCAUCCGGCGUGCAGGAAGAAGGUGUCUCACAUCUCACCAUCCAGCGUGCAGGAUGUCACAGACAUCCUCACCUGCGUCUGUGUCCAUGAUCAACACCUACCAGAGCAGCUUUGGAAAACCACCACCAUCACCACCACCACCACCACUGCCUCCACGCCAACAUGGUGGUCCUCAGCCUGUGGUCUUCAUGCCGCCAGCAGCCAGCAAGAACCUGACCUGGUUCUUGGUUUCUGUGAUGAUCCUGCAGGUCCUGCUCACACUGGGAGGCUUCAUGUUCCUCUACCACACGGAGAGGCGUCCAUCACCUGAGGGAAAAGCGGAUUUCCAGUCGUCAGAGAAGCUGCACGCUUUCUCCAGAACUUUGGCCCGCAUGACGGUGGAGAAACCAUCCGAGCCUGCAGUCAGAAGAUGUUACCUGCAGUGGGACCUGAAGCACUCGGCGAGGAGGAACAUCAACUACUUCCACCGCAGCAGCUGGUUGACCAUCCUGCAGCCCGGGGACUACCUGGUGGUCUCCAGGGUGACCUUCUCCAGGCGAGACCCCCGCACCCCCCUGGCCAGCUCCGUCAAGCUGAGGCGCGGCGGCGAGGAGGCGGGGGAGACGGCGGCGAAGGGGGAGGAGACGGAGGCCAUGCGGGCCUACUGCAGCCUGGCUGGGAGCAGCUCUGACCCCCAGAUGUGCACCGCCUCCCAGGGGGAGGUGAUGACCCUGGGGCGGGGGGCACAGCUCAGCGUGUGGGUGGAGGACUUGUCCCUGGUGGACUACACCCACACCGCCACCACCUUUGGUGUCUACAAACUUUGAACUACUUCUUAUUUAUUUCUCUCUAUUUAUUCAUUUCAAUUGUCAACUAAUUGUUGCCUUGGAGGGGACAUUAUUAUUAAUAUUGCAACUUAGUGACAAAAUAAUCCAUUUAACAAUUAAAAUAACUUUUACAAUCUU